AUAAAAUAUCAUUAUUAUACAGUAUGUAAGUCAAGCUCAAGAUGACAUUUAUAGGAAAAUACCACUUGUCAUCAUUCACAUCCUCCACCCUUUCUCUUUGCCUUUACAUAAGUGAACCCACUUUCCCUUUUAAAAAAAGAAAAUAAAAAGGAAAAAACAAAAAAAAUCAAAAGGAAGUUCAUAGAAAAACCCAGAAAGUGCAAGCUUCCCCUCCCUAUCGAGAAACACUUCCUUCACCUCCACAAUUAGUAGAAAGAGAGUGUGUAUAUGUUUGUUGAGUACUUUUCAAUUUUUAGGGUUUUUGAUGAUUUUGAAAAUUCAGUUGAUUUUAGGUGGAAAUAUUUAAAUUUUUUGAUGGGUUUUAUUCCAUUUUAUCUAAUUUGAUGAUGGUUUUGUGGGUUUCGUUUGAUUUUGGCUUUUUCUGGGUAUUUUAAAUUUGAAAGUGAAAGAGGAAAAAUAAAUUAGAGAGAGAAAAUAAGGGAUUUUUAGUAAGAAAUGUAUGUGGCUUCUAUGCGAAAGUCUUUCAAGGAUUCACUCAAAGUGUUAGAAGCAGAUAUUCAGCAUGCUAACACUCUGGCAUCUGAGUUACCUAGAGAGUACGACGGGGCUUGCCUUCAAAUGAGAUUAUCCUACGCUCCUGCUGCUCAUUUCUUUCUUUUCUUGGUUCAAUGGACUGAUUGCAAUUUGGCAGGAGCACUGGGCCUUUUGAGAAUAUUAAUUUACAAGGUUUAUGUGGAUGGCACCACUACUAUAUCAACACAUGAAAGGAAAGCAAGUAUUAGAGAUUUUUAUGCGGUAAUAUAUCCUUCGUUAUUACAACUUGAAAGUGGCGUGACUGAUACUGAGGAUAAAAAGCAGAAAGCUGUUUGUAUGGAAAGAUACCGGAAAAAAGAUGGGGAGGAAUAUCGGCAGUAUACAGAUAUGGAUAUCGAAAGAGAGGAAGAAUGUGGUAUAUGCAUGGAGAACUACAGCAGAAUUGCGUUGCCUAAUUGCAAUCAUGUCAUGUGCCUGAAGUGCUAUCGAGAAUGUACAAUGUUAAUUUGAUGAGACGAUUUUCCGGAAGUUGGUCACUAGAAUAGUGAACCCAAAAUGUGAUGUGUUUGAGCCCCAUAGUGCAAAAGAGGGUUUUGGUCGCGUUAACGGUCGCAAAACGGAAAACUUAUACGAUACAAUCGCGACUCGCGAUACGCUAAUGCGGCCCUGUUUUUGCACCAUGGCUUGAGUUUCAAGAGUUAGUCGAGGACAUGAAGAUAAGUAAGUUUUUUCCCAGAUAUAUUUGCACCUUGUGUUCAACGGACACAUCUAAGUUGUAUAAUAUACACACCCAAUUGAUGCAGAUUGAAGACAUGUGAUCCCAAUGAUGUAGAGGGUGCAUCUUGUACAAUAAAAAGUGAAGCUUGGGGCUUAAUCAUAUUCUUCCCUGGUGCAACUAAUAAAUCGAACUCUACUUUUAUUUUAUUUUAUUGAUUUUUUUUUUCCAAAUACUUGUAUGAUUCUAGUCCGGGUCUAUGUAGUUCCGACUCAUAUUCCUCCGCAGACGCCUGUUUUGGAUGUCUUUAAUACCUUGUAUUUAACCAACUUUCGGACCCUCACUGUGCUCCUGAUCGAUGUUUUCAUAUUGGUUGAUAGACCUAUUUUUGUUGCUAAGGUGUUGGAAUACUUGUUUACUAUGCCAACUAUCAUCUUUCUCAUAUGAUCUCUUUUCUUGGGGCAAUUUGAGCGAACCUUUUUCUUCCCAUUCUAUAACGAAAAUACAUGAUUAGAUUUAUAUAUAUGAUUGGAGAAGGAGGUUAUUAAUCUAUGAUUUCCGACUUUGUUUUUUGUAUUGUUAAAAUAUAUACCUUAUGCUGACUUGAUAUAUAUUCCUCCUUCCCUGAUCACUUGAUUUUCUCAUCUGAGUUG